AUGGGCAAAAAAAAGGCUGCAAGGGAGCCCUUGGAGACAGAGUCCAACAACACCAGCGAUGGCAGCCUGAAGCGCGCCAAAACCCACGACGAGGACGACGAUGGCGGCGAGUGGCAGGUCGUGUCCCGGCCCAGCAAGAAGGCCAAGAAGCUCCCCAAGCCCGGCAAAAGCUAUCCCGCCAUCAGCUUCUCCCCAAAUGCCCGUCUCAAUGCCAAGGUCAACCUCAACAGCCUCCGGGAUCUCGUGACGUACAUCUACGCGGAUGGCCCUGCCCCUCAAUGGGUGGCUAUAAGCCAUCGGCCGCACUUCAGAAAGAUCGUGACCAUCAUGGUCCCCGGGUUAGAGGAGGCCAUGUUCAAAACCGGCGUCGACUACGGCAACUAUGAUGAGCGAGGCGAGGAUCAGGGGCCCUCCCAGUCAUCUCCCGAUAGCUACUACCCUCGGAAGUUGGUGAAGGAUGAGAUCCCAGAUGCGCUGAAACCUUUCGCCGACAUGUUCCCUCACCUAUGGCCCAUCCGGACGCCAGGAGACGACAAGCAGGGCAAGAUGCACUCGCCCUUGGCCGCCUUUCUCACAGUCCCAGUGAACAAGGAGAAGAAGAAGGGAACCGGCGUGAAGCCCGCUUCCGAGCCGCAUGGCUGGAAGAACGAGCGGACGCGAAUCACCGAGUUCCUCUCCACGGUAGAAGACCUACAAGAUAACGGCUACCUAGUCCACCCCGCAAUGCUCCCCGAAGAUCACCGAGAAAAGUUCGUAGCACCCGAGGGCUGGGUCGCCACCAAGGUGAACAGUCUCGAAGAGGGCGACGUCCCCGAGAGCGAGAUCCAGCAGGGCAGCAUCACGGCCGGCCGGGAGAUCCUCGCCAUGGACUGCGAGAUGUGCAUGACGGGCGAGAACGAGUUCUCCCUCACCCGCAUCAGCCUCGUCGACUGGUCGGGCGAGACGGUCCUCGACGAGCUCGUCAAGCCCAGCAAGCCCAUCACCAACUACGUCACCCAGUUCUCGGGCAUCACCGAGGAGAUGCUCGCCCCCGUCACGACCACCCUCCAGGACAUCCAGGAGAAGCUCCUCGAAAUCCUGCACCCCCGCACCAUCCUCAUAGGACACUCCCUAGAGUCCGACACCAAAGCACUCCAGCUCACCCACCCCUUCAUCGUCGACACCUCCAUCCUCUACCCCCACCCCCGCGGACCCCCCCUCAAAUCCUCCUUGAAAUGGCUCGCCCAGAAGUACCUCUCCCGGGAGAUCCAAAGGGGCGGCGCAAACGGCCACGACAGCGUCGAAGACGCAAAAACCUGCCUCGACCUCGUCAAGCAGAAGUGCGAGAAGGGCAAGCUCUGGGGCUCCUCCGACUCCCAGGGCGAGAACCUCUUCCGCCGCCUCGCCAGGGCGGGGACGGCGUACAAGGCCCAGGGCGGGGAGAACGCAGUCGGCGGCGUCGAGGUCGGCAAGACGAGCGCCGCCGUCGACUGGGGCCAGCCGUCCAAGGGCGCCGGCGCGGGGGCCACGCACCAGCUCGGGUGCAGGACCGACGACGACGUCACCUCCAACGUCGUCCGCGCCGUCAACGGCGACCCGGACGGCCGCGAGAUCAGGGGCGGCGGCGUCGACUUCGUCUGGGCGCGCAUGCGCGAGCUCGAGGCCCUGCGGGGCUGGUGGAAUAAGAACCGCGUCGACAACUCCAGCAGCGAUGGCGGGCCGCCCGACGCAGCAGCGGGGGAGGAGGGCACCUCGCCCCUGGAGCAGGCUCUCGUCGCGCUCACCUCGCGCCUGGCGACCAUCUACGAAGCCCUCCCGCCCUGUACCGCCUUCAUCGUGUACAGCGGCUCGGGGGACCCCCGGGAGAUGGCCCGGCUCCAGCAGAUGCACGCGCAGUGGCGCAAGGAGUACAACACCCCCGGGAGCAAGUGGGACCAGCUGAGCGUGAAAUGGACCGACGUCGAGGAGCAGGCGUUGAAGAAGGCCGCCCAGAGGGCGAGAGCAGGCAUCGGUUUCAUUGGCGUCAAAUAG